AUGAGCACAGAAUUUCUGAAAGACAGGGAAGAGCUAUUCUCGAUCUUUAACCGCCCAGACUUUCAGGCACUACGGCCCAGUGCACCACCCGAGUUGCGUCAGAUGUUGGACGGCGUCGAGAACGAUUUUCUGACGCUUGGCUCAUGGAUUGGGGGAGAUACAUGCUCCAUCGCUGAUAUCCAUGCAGGUUGGAUGAUCAAAAUGGUGUUGCAGACACUAGACGUGCAGUGUGAACCAAGCUUCUCGGAGAAGGACUUUCCGGAGGUUCAUGCCUGGAUCAAUAGACUUCCCAUUCAAACCGCUGAAAAGGAUGCCGAAAAGAUCAGUGCAGAAGAUACGAAGCAAAAGAACUCGAGCUCGGAAUAUGCAGCGAAAGACAUCGGGGUUGACCAUUCGGAUCCCACAGGCCUGCAAGCAGGAAUGUAUGUCUCUGUUGGUACAACCGAUGAUGCCAAACCUGGCAGACCACAAGAGGGCAAACUCGUACGCCUCAGCAGACGAGAGAUGGUCAUCGAGCUGGGGAAUGGCCAUCGCAUGCGUUUCCCUUGGCUUGGCUUUGUGUUGAAGAGGGUAUGA